AUGCCUACUGAUCUGUUUAAAAUUCGAGUGAAACUAGAUGAUUGGAGAAAUAUUAUGGAGCUACAUGCAGAAAUAAAGGAGGCUGAGCAUUUAGAUGCCAAUUAUAUAUUAUCUAAAUUAAUAGUAGAUAAUGCAUUUCACUUUUGUAUUUUUGAUAAAGAGUAUGGCCUGGAGAAACAUUAUCGUAAAAAGGAAUCACACUCCUUUAAUCCGUAUUCUGUAAUAUCAACUUUGAAAGACUUGACAGACAAGCACCAAAUUCUCUCAAAAAUUGAUGAAUUAAGUAAAGUUUACGAAGAAAAGAAACAGAUACUGAUGUCUAAAACUGAGUCAGCCACUAGUUUAAAUAUGUUUAAUCCCAACAUUGCUGGGGAAAUUAUUAAUGACAUUAGAGAAUUUGAAGAGGAAAGAAGAAAUCAGCAGAUGCAAAGCGCGUUUAGUUCCAAUGCUUCUACUUCGAAAGGAGAACCCAGAAAGAAAGGUAAUACUAGAACAAAUAAAAGAAUACGACCACUGCUUGAUCAGGAUGAUUAUGAAACAGACUCAAAUGACUCUGAAGAGGACUUAGAAAUUGACGAUUAUGAUUCAGAUAUACUAGAUUCAGAGUAA